AUGGAAUCUUCCACCUACAUCUACAACCUCCCCACGUACAGCCUCCCCUAUCCCGAACACCGGUUCUUCUGGGCCACCCGCAUGGCCAAUCUACACCUAGCGUUCGACCUCAUUCGCCGAUUCAAACUCAAGACUCCGCGGUUCCUCGCAUCAUGGGAGGAAUUCCUACUCCAUGAACCUCACCCAGAAAGCCAUCCCAUCCUUGUCCAAUACUGGCCGAUGAAGGCCGUCAACAACUUGCUGGUCAUCAUGGAGACUCUACGGAGUAUUUGCGAUUCACCGAUCUUUGCGUUCGAAGGGUUGUCUGUCAUUGAGCCGUGGGCGUUGUGGUACUUGGCUGCGGCGAUGGCGCAGACUUGGACGGGGGACCCGGUGGGGCUGAUCAGCGGGGUGCCGGAAGACGUGUCGACCGAGGAGCUGCAGAGGUUGACGAAGGAGCUUCAUGUGGAGAUUCGGAAAGUGAGCACCAAGAUCUGGGCUACCAAUUUCGCCUAUUAUCAAUACAUUCUCGAUUAUCGAUGGCACGACGUCCAAUUUGGAAAUAUGAGGGAUAGCUACGACGGAGGCCAACAAGAUGCAACUGAACAUGAGGAGUAUGUGGAAGACGUGGAAGACGUGGAAGACGUGGAAGACAACGUGGCACACGAUGCGCAAACAGGCGUGCAGGAUGAGAUGGCAAUGGAGGUACGAAGUGACAAGGACCACGACAGUGGCUAUUGUAGUAUGGAAGAGGAGACGCAGGAGGAUGGCAUUAACGCUGACGAUGACGGUGAUACCUCUAGUGACGAUGAAGCGGUGUUGACUCCUUCCACAGAGUCGGACGCCGAAGAGACCGAAUGUCGUCAAGAGCGUGAGUGGCCUCAAUAG